CAGUUCACUGGCUCAUACGCGAGCGGCGCGCGACCGAGUCGAGAUCGUCGAACCGUGCUGCUUCUCGCUGGGAGCUGUCCAUUCACUACCACGCUGCACGGACCCGCGUUACCGCGCACUGUUACUGGGAGUUCACGUUUGGAUUGCUGGAAGCGCUCACUUGCACUUCUUUUUAUUUAUUUUUGACGUGGGUGGAUUAUUUCUUUUUCUGGAUUCUCCACGCGUGGACACACAUAGGAGAAGACCAAUGGCGAUGGCCAGAUGGUGGUCAGUGGCCAUUUUGCUGGCAGCGUUAGCAGCUUUCUACGCAGAGGGGAGGCCCAACGAUGACGAGGGAUACUGGUCACAGCAUUAUCAGCCAGUCUUGAGAUUCCGACAUAAGGAUGGAAUCCCCGAGAGCUUAAAGAUGAAGGGAUUAAUGGCCCAACAUGGCGACCCGCAUCCAUGCGAGCACAAGUACUGUGGUCUGGGCCGUCGCUGUACCAUCAACCCGCAGACGGGCCAAGGGGAAUGUAACUGUUUGAAUCACUGCAAACCUCACUACAAGCCCGUGUGCGGGUCCGAUGGGAAACUUUACCCCAACCACUGCGAGCUGCACCGUACUUCCUGCUCGGAACAUCGCAGGAUUACCAUCGUUCACGGCGAAGAGUGUCUCUACAAAGGUGACAGCUGCAGACUGAGCGACUACCGGCGCCUCAAGGCCAAGGUCUUGGACAUGUAUGAAGAAAGGUACAUGGUGACAAAGGUGACACGUGAAGCCCACGAGGACAAUAUGGCCGCCAGGAGGCAGCUGGUCGACGCUAUGUUUCAAGGUUUCGAUGCAGACAACAAUGGGCAAAUCUCAACAGGCGAACUUUCACAGGUGAUCAAGCACCAGGGUCUGCCCAAGGACGUUGGCGAGUGUACAUUGUUGGAUCUGCUCAAGUACAACGAUGUCGAUGAUGACCAGCUCCUGACCAGGGAGGAAUUGUACACUGCCUUCGAUGUGUACCUGCUGGAUCUCCCGGACCACCAGAGGGUGAUGGUGAAGACCGUGACGGUGGGCCAAAGCGCAGUGCUGACCUGCGCCAUCACGGGGGAGCGUCGCCCGCCCAUCCUGUGGAAAAGGAACAAUCAGUAUCUUAACGCCUUGAACCUGAAUGACAUUAACGACUUUGGCGAUGACGGCUCCUUGUACUUCACCAAGAUUAGCCCCACCCAUAUGGGCAAUUACACAUGCCACGCCGACGGCUACGAGAAACUCUUCCAGACGCAUGCUCUCUACGUGGAUGUUCCGCCUGUCAUCCGGGUGUACCCGGAGAGCCAAGCCAGAGAGCCGGGCGUCACCGCCAGCCUCCGAUGCCACGCUGAGGGCAUCCCCCGCCCGCAACUGACCUGGCUCAAGAACGGCAUGGACAUCACACCAAAGCUAUCCAAGCAACUCACCCUGCAAGCUAACGGCAGCGAGGUGCACAUCAGCAACGUGCGCUUUGAGGACACAGGCGCUUACACCUGCAUCGCCAGAAACCAGGCAGGAGUGGAUGAGGACAUCUCCUCUCUCUUUGUGGAGGACUCAGCGCGCAAAACCUUGGCCAACAUUCUGUGGCGGGAUGAAGGUCUUGGUAUCGGAAACAUGUUCUACGUCUUCUACCGGGACGGCAUUAAAGUCAUCCAGCCGGUGGCUUGCGAGAUACAGAGGCACAUCAAGCCCAGCGAGAAGCUGUUGGCUCUUAAGGAGCAAGUGUGUCCCGCCUCAGAAGAGGACGAGGCGCACAAGUGUGUAUGGUCGGCGGCGGUCAACGUCAAGGACAAAUUUAUUUAUGCUGCGCAGCCCACGUUGGAUCGCUUGCUCAUCGUGGAUGUCCAAUCGCAAAAAGUUGUCCAGACGGUCAGCACUGAUCCAUAUCCCGUCAAGCUACAUUAUGACAAGUCUCGUGACCAGGUGUGGAUCCUCAGCUGGGGGGACAGGCAGAAGAGCUUUCCGACCCUGCAGGUGAUCGGUGAGGCGAGCGUGAGGGUAUCUCAUCACACGGUCCACACGCAGCCGGUGGGUGGACGCUUCGACAGGACGGACGACUUUUUCAUCCCCUCUACCAACCUAAUCGUGGAUAGCGUAAGAUUUGGCCUCAUCUUUCACCGAAAUGAGGCUGUCCUGCACAAGAUCGACUUGGAGACGAUGGCCUAUGUGAAGAACAUCAGCCUGCGAGACGUGAACUGCAUCCCCAAGUCGGCGGCUUACACCCACUUGGGCGGCUACUACUUUGUCAAUUGCCGCCCAGAUUCCACAGGCGCCACGCAGCCGCAGGUCAUGGUAGACAGCGUGACGGACGGCGUGGUGGGCCAGAACCGCGAUGUCACCGGAACGCCCCACGUGUCCCCGGACGGCCGCUACCUCGUGACCGUGGACGACGGCGACGGCCUCAUGCGCAUCCAGACUAUCUCGGAGCGAGGCCAGAUCGGGGAGCCCUUUGACAUCCACACCAACCUGCACAUCUCCGACCUGGCCUUCCAGCGCUCCUUCACUGAGGCCCACCAGUAUAACGUGUUCGGAAGCUCCGGGCGCCAGACCGACGUGCUGUUCGUGGAGCUGCACAGCGGCAAGGUGAAGAUGAUCAAGAGCUUGAAAGAGGCCAUCAAGCCGUACGAAUGGCUGUGGAGCGCCAGUAACCGGGCAGUGGUGGGCGGCGGCACCUUUGGCCAGUACCUCAUGACCCCUUCCCGGGAGUCCCUGUUCAUCCUGGACGGCCGGCUCAACAAGCUCAACUGCGAGAUCACCGACGUGGUCCAAGGCAAUGUGCUGGCGUGGGUCGGGGAGUCUUAGUCCAGUUCCGGUACUGCUGCACUGAAUUUUGUGGGAGAGUAACAUAUUUGAAAAUGCUAAUUGACCAUGCUGAGCUCCACCUCACGAGAAAUCCAAAAGUAAUUGGAGUCCCAAAAAUAUAUUCACUGGUCAACAAGUUUUGACAAUUUAUUUUUCCUUCAUGGAUGAUUUUUUUUGUUUUUUCUCCAGCACAUCAAUUUUUCAUCAUAAUAAAAAGAUGAUGAUAAUGAAAUAUGUAGUGAAGUAAUAUUUGUCGUACAAUUUAGUUAUGAAUUAAAGGAUAAUAUUUGGAUGGGUUAGGUUCAGCAACAUGUGGAAUAUUUAAUUGCUAAUCAUCAUGCAUGGUAAAAUCUGUUUUGCGCAAGCUUUUAUUGGUCAAAUUUUAAAAAUCAAGGAAAAUAUCUCAAAAAACUGUGUGCUGGGGGAAAAAAAAGUAAAUACCUUUUUUUAAAUCAGCAUUAAAAAUAUGUUGAGAGGCACAUAUAGCACUCAUAAAUCUCUGAUUAAAAUUUGCCGUUGACCAGCGUUAUUUAGUGAAGAGAUGCGGACCAUUUCUCGUAAUACACCCCGAACUUCUCUCCCGUGCCUUCAAGGAAAAUUAUCAUUGUCAUUUUUUUUCCCCACCCCUCUUCGUUCACCGAGAGAUUCGUGACUGUCCAGUGCCCACAAACCUUCAAUGCAGAAUACUAAACAGGAUUUGGUCAACUUUGAUUGCAUUUUUUAUUUCAUUUUUUGGUUCCUGCCCAAAUCAGUAAAAUCAAAACUCGACCAUGAUGCGUUAAGAAAGGGCAAAAUAAAUAAACAAUCAAUUACUUCAAAGAUUGUUCCUUGAGGAUAAGUCGGUAGAGCACCUGUCUGUAUGAAAGAUUAAAAUCUUGGACCAAACCAAAAGGAGGGAAAUUAGACUAGACUAGGAUACACCCGAGUGAGAUUAGCGAUUAGAGUGAGAUAGAGUGGCUUCUUCUGAUACACUGUGUGCAAGACGAUGACAAUGGACACUUUCUAUGCAUUAACAAUGCCAAUGACAACUGCAUUUGAAAAAUUCACAAUGGGACUUUGGACGUGUAUAUAAUGAUAUGAAAUCUGUCUUUCCUGUCUCAUCGUUGUCACGCCUCACUCUGACUUUUUCUGCCGUAUUGUUCUUUGCUUACGUCCCGAGCGGCUGAUUCAGUCGGUGACGACUGUACAAAUCAAAAAUAACAAGUGAUGGUCCUCCACUGAGCGCGUUGCCGUCGCCACUUUUCACGUUCACGGUAGUCAUGUUUGUGUAUGUGAGUGUGUGUCCCUUGGUGCGAUUGCCGAUUGUUAUAUUUAUAUGGAUAUAUAUCUCAAAAUAAAAAUAAUGCUUGUCAUUUUACCCAACAAUAAAAUCCGUACAAACGAA